AUGCCUUACAAUUUGAAAUGGUGCGAGUCGUUGGAGUCGCUUGGAGGAUCGACUCGUCCGCUCUCUGUUCUCUACGAUUCAUUGGUUCGACCUGGUGCAGAUCUUGGAGCGCAGAUACCAUCCAGAUUAGUGUGGCAGUCCGAUCCUUCAAGACAUAUAUCGCACCUUGUUUUGGGAGAGACAUCGGUCGGUGGUAGCUGGAAUACAUAUGAUCCGGAGAUGCUGGCUGUUUCGUAUGCGUCUUGGUUAGAUCUGCCUGGGUUCUCCAUUUCGGAUUGGCUCCAGGGAACCCCAUUGAUCCCGAGGUAA